UCAAACUUUCCCCAAAAAAACCCUAACUCCCGAAACCCUAGGCCACCAAUCAAUUCAUCGCCAUUUCCUCCCCAAGCAACCAGUCAAUUCAUCGACAAUUACUCGCCAAACCCCUAUGCAACCAUACAUUUCCUCGCCAAAACCCUAAGCAACCAAUCAAUUCAACUCGCCAAUUACUCGCCAACCCCUAAGCAACUCGCCAAAACCCCAGGUGGCCAAUCAAUUCAUCGCCAAUUACUCGCCACACCCCUAAGCAGCCACACAUUUCGUCGCCAAUUCAUCGCAUGAGAAGGAGAAGGAUGGGACUCAUCUCACUCGGCGAUUCCAAGCACCAAAUCGGCUCAAUUGACCGUGGACAUGGCUCCGUUAUCGACGAAAUCCCGGGCCUCAUCCGAGUCUACAAGGAUGGCCACGUGUACCGCUAUCCUGUCGUCCAAGAGUCCCCAUGUACGAUUGAAACUGGCGUGUCAUCACGAGAUUUCUCAAUAGAUUGUGGCUUGUGGGCCCGCUUCUAUGUGCCAAACCGGGUAGAUAAGCCCGCUCUAUUAAUCUACUUUCAUGGCGGUGGCUUUUGUGUCGGCUCGGCGGCUUGGAAAUGCUAUCAUGAGUUUCUUUCCAAGUUAGCCGUGAAAUCGGGCUGUGUUAUAAUGUCAGUGAACUAUCGGUUGGCACCAGAGCACCCGCUACCAGCAGCUUAUGACGACGGAUUUGUGGCUUUAACAUGGGCGAUUCGGCGUGUCGGAGCCGGCUCAGGAGCUGAUGACCCGAGCAGAUGGCUCGCACGUUGCGACUCUUCACGUGUUUUCCUUGCAGGAGAUAGUGCAGGAGCAAACAUAGCACACCACGUGAUGGCUCGACAUGGCUCUGAGCCAGGAUCUCGGCUCAGCUUGAGAGGAACCAUUCUUAUCCAACCCUUUUUUGGGGGCGAGCCACGAACCGACUCCGAGAAGCACUUGGUUCAGCCACCAGACUCGGCACUAACUUUAGCGACUUCCGACACAUAUUGGCGGCUUGCUUUGCCACCUGACUCGAGCCGUGACCACUUCUGGUGUAAUCCGCUGUCCUCCAAAUCACCUCUAAAGUUAGAGGAGGUUAAACUCCCUGCUAUUUUAGUGUGUGUUUCUGAGAAUGAUAUAUUGAAAGAUAGAGAUUUGGGUUACUGUGAGGGUCUGAGGAAAAUGGGAAAGAAGGUUCAAGUUAUGGUUUAUGGGGGAGUCGGCCAUGCUUUCCAAGUGCUUCAUAAUUCACCUAUGGCUGGGAUUCGAACCCUCGAACUUAUAUCACAUGUGGCUAACUUCAUAAACUCAUAGCCAUUAUGCAAACCUUUUCUUCUUCUUUUUUUAUUUUUGAGGGGGGUGGUUGUAAAAGUUUGGGUUGUUUUAUUUGUAGUCUUGUUUUUGGGUCAGUGAAAAGAAAAUAGAGGAUGUGAAGUUUGCUUGAGUAUUUGAUUAUUGGAAUGUAAAGUAGAGAGGAAAAGCAUGGAAAUUAUAUUCUUGUUACUUUUGGAUUUUCCUCCAUUGUUUUGGUUU